UGACCAUGCUGUGAGCUCUCGGCCUCAAUUCGACCCAAUUGCCCUCAUAACCUACACAUAGCAAUUUAUGCUUUAAUUGUCAGUUCGCUCAGCCUCCCGGUAUUCGGACCUCGUUCCGUUUGAGACUGGUUACAGAUCAUCCUCCCGGGUCACACAUUGUUUUCUAGAACGCUUCCAAGGAAACCAGGACCCCUUGUUUCUCUCCCACGCCCUCUCUUUAUCCAAUAAUUAAUUCAAAAAGGGCGACGAAACCACCAUAAUCUAUCCUUCUUCAAGCCUCGAUCCCACAGAAGAUUCAACUUUUCCAUCAUUGCAGGCGACUCUCGACGGAAGGAGGAUCCCCGCAACUGUAUGCCAUCACUUCGCCUGGAAUCCCGUUCACGGACUCUCUGUAUCUCGUCUCGGCUACUCCCCACGUUGCUGCGUUUAAAAAAUAGUACUCGACUGCACUGCCGCCAAGUCGUACCAAGCACUUCACCCCUCCUCGCGAAGGCAGCGGCGUCCUGACGCCUUAAAGAACAGAUACCAUAUACCGUGAUGUCUGAGUCCAAUGCCUUUCCCGGAAGCCAUGCAGGCCAUGGCGAAAGACACGCGGGUGGCGGAGCGGCACCCUUCAACAGAAUAGUAGAAGAGGAUGAGAAUGUGACUUCUCCAACGACGUCGACGUUCCACAGAGCCGACGUUUCCCGACAGAGAGCCCACAUACACCAUGUCCUCAGUCCAUUCCAAAGUGGUGAUGGAGUGGGCACGUUUGGGGAAUUCGGGGCAUUUGGCCCCAACCCGUUUGGGGGGAGAGGCGAACAGGAACAUGGUACUUUCCGACCGGCAGCGGGCCCGAGCGACUCCGGAUUUCCCAACCACUACGCCCUGGGCCGUCGCACCUCGGUGUCGGCAGAAUCGUUGAACCCUACCAGCUCCGAUUCGGAUUCCUGGACACCGCCGUAUCACCCUAAGCCUCCGGAACAACUUGAUCGGCUGAAGACAGCGGUUGCUGGGAACUUUCUCUUCUCUCAUCUUGAGGAGGACCAGUUCAAGACCGUUCUGAAUGCUCUCGUGGAGAAACCUGUUCCGGCUAAGGAUAUCAAGGUCAUCACCCAAGGUGAUGCUGGAGAUUACUUCUAUAUUGUUGAGCAAGGGCACUUCGAUGUCUUCAUCCAUCCGUCGGGAUCGGCCCAACCCGGGCACAACGGCAUGGGAAGCAAGGUUAAUGAGAUCGGGCCAGGAGGAUCCUUCGGCGAACUCGCUCUUAUGUACAAUGCUCCUCGGGCCGCCACGGUCGUGUCGACCGAGCCAUCGACCGUCUGGGCGCUUGACCGUGUCACGUUUCGAAGAAUCCUGAUGGACUCCGCCUUUAAACGGCGACGUAUGUAUGAAUCGUUCUUGGAGGAGGUUCCGCUACUGUCGUCUUUAAAACCUUAUGAGCGCUCGAAGAUCGCUGAUGCUCUGGACACGAUUAAGCACCCUGCUGGGCAUACGAUUAUUGAGGAAGGUGAUCCUGGCGAUGCGUUUUAUCUCCUUGAAUCCGGUGAAGCUGCUGCUUAUAAACGUGGCAUUGACGGCGCGGUUAAGCACUACAGACGAGGUGACUACUUCGGCGAGCUAGCCUUACUCGAUGACAAACCGAGACAGGCGAGUGUGAUUGCAAAAACGGAUGUGAAAGUUGCACAACUGGGGAGAGAUGGCUUCAAGAGACUACUGGGCCCUGUGGAGGACAUCAUGCGACGGACGGAGUACGGCGUCCCAGAAAGCCAGCCUAAGCCAGAAGCAUCCGAAUAAACCUUUUUUUUUUUUUUUCUCUAAAUGUUUUUAUUUAUUUAUUGUGCCUCCAGAUGUUCUCCCCUGUCCUUGUUUGGUUCUGUUCUCAUGAGAUAAAUUGCUUGACUCUCUUGUCUGCAAUCAGGCAUCAAAAAACAAAAUAUGCUAUUAGCAGCAAAACUGUCAAAGGAAAAGCCCUACUCCACUUAUGGCAGCAUUGGAUGCAAUACAUACAUCAUAUAUUAAAGGAAGAAAUGCUAUCAGCCA